GCAAUCGCAGCAACCGUAGCGCGCUACCGCAACAAAAGUGAACAUGCUCCGUUGGGUGCAAAAUUUUCGUUGGCGCUCGCUACGGUCGGGCUUAAAAUCGAAGCUUGCAAAAUCCCCGUCACAAGGGGAUUGUCGCAUCGAGAACAACCACUUGCCGAAUACAUUAUCGAGCAGCUGUCCCUGUCACGUGCGGCUAGCGAAGGAAGUGGAUAGCCCGGCCAUCGUGCAGUUUGUGCAGGCGAUCCUGCUGCACCACGAACCGCUCGUUCGGUCGCUCCACGUGUGUCGCUCCAGCGCGAGUGAGUCCGGACUGGCCGACUACAUACGGGUGCUGCUGCCGGACAGCUUCACGCUGCUGGCGGUCAACCCCGUGCAGCCCGAACGGAUCGUAGGCGUUGCGAUUGGGCGGCGCAGCUGCCACUGGGACGGCAAGCGGCUGAUCGAGAGUGCGGAUCGAACGCGCUGUGACCAGCUUCGUAAGCUGCUUUACAUCUGGUCCAUCGUCGAGGCGGAACCGAACCUGCAUCAGCACUUUUGCACCCGCUGUCUGUUUGAGAUUGCAUUUCUCGCGACGGCCAUCGAUGCACAGCGCCGGGGCAUCGGGUUGCACCUGACGCAGCGUUCGGUUGCGCUGGCCCGGGACUUGGGAUUCCACUUCGUGCGGAUGAACUGCACCUGCGAGUACAGCUCGCGGGUGGCCACGAAAGCCGGCCUCGAGUGUCACUGGACGGUGCCGUACCAUCAUCUCGUCGACAGCACGGAGCAGCCGGUCGCGCUGCCUGACCCGCCCCACACGCAUAUCAAAGUGCACGCGAUGGCCCUGUUUCCCGACGCUGUCCAUUAAAUCCUCAUGCAGGUGCUUGAAGAACAACAAACAAGGAUUGUUGAGUGUAUACGCUGAGUGUAUGCACACUGGAAGAUUAAGAAAAAAAGGAACAGUAGAGCAAAAAGUAGAAGAAGAAAUGAAUGGAUGAGGAAAAGUAAAAAAUGAAGGCAAUUUAGAAACACUAUCUCUACUUUUAUAACAUGUUUUCAUGUCAUUGCCUAAAUUUAGGCGUCAGCUCCUUUUUCCCUGGGAUAUGGUUUAUUGAAGCCUGCAGUGACCGAUAUCCUUUUAGCAUGUCACAUACACCAACGUUUUCGGUUCACGCCAAUAGCGACUAAAUACAAUUGUUCGCAUGAUGAAAUCAUUA